CCGGCGGAGGAAAGAGAGAAGAGGGGAAAAAGACGGAAAACAAAAGGUAAGCAAGGGAGAAUAAGAAAGUGGGAGGAGGAAGAGGCGGAGCGAAGAACAUGGCGGGCAAAAGUAAAAGUAAGUAUCGUCCGAGAAUACGACGUACGAUAUAUUCCCUUAAAAUACAAUAAUUGUAUACCUCUGGUAUCAUAAUCAUACAUUUCCCACUUGGCAACACUGACCAGGGUUAUCAAUAAAUGUUGACGCCAUCUUGGAAUGAGUUACACGGCGGCGCUUUUGUAGCCGUUUUUAAGCCACUUUUGCAGUAGUGGGAAGCCUGAUUUUAGAGGCUUAAGUACUUCUCAGAAUACAGUUAUAUAUUAAAAUUAAUGUUUGUUCUUCAUGAAAUAAAUUGAUGCCAAUUUUACCUUUAAAGUUAGUCUUUUUGAUACUUAUAUAUUUCCCCAGGUCCUUGCUAUUCACUGACCCCAGUUCUAAGUGAUGUUGUGAUGGACAUGUUUACAGCAGGCGUGUUUCCCCCAUAGAUUUCUAUUACCCUCACAAGAUGCUAAUGAGUGAUGAUAUCACAGCCCUGUGUUUUUAUCCUCAGAGGACGGCACAGAUACUGGUCAAAAGUGAAAAUGGGCUCACGGAGCUCCCAGUGGUCUUUGUUUCCGGCAGUUAUUUUCCCACAGUGUGAAUAGAGAAUCAGCAGGUCUUCUUUAUUAGGUAUCGCAAUAAUCACAUUAUCACCUCUUUUAACCUGUCAUCUUGAUGCCAUCUUUCAGCCAAGUAGGUUUUAUUUUUUCUGUUUCUAAGCACCAUGACCAAAGGAUAAGUGCUACCUUUUAAUGCAUAUUUGUUUUUCACCGGUGCAGUUGGACUUUCAUUAUCAGCAGCAAACAGACUGUCAGUGGUAUAGUAGAGACAGAUAUCACGUUAAAGAGAGAGAAAAAAAACCCCAGAAAGAUCUCAAAGGAGUAAAACGGCUGCCGAAUCAGGGAAUCUAACCCAAAUCUAUUUCAUUUCUGAGUCCCUCGAGUGGAACAUGUCUUUGAGGAGAAAUGAUUUGCAUAUAAACUGUCCUCUCAUUAAAUCCUCAUUUAUUUUUACUCUGGAGUGAUCCAGGUCCUUGUUAUGAUAACUGUACUACACAGACCACAGUUGAUGUUUCUUAAAUCUUUGUGUAGUUUAUUGGACAUCUGUUUCUGUGACUCUGUGUUUUCACCUGAACCACAUGCAAGUGGACACUUGUUAAAACUUGGCCAUGUUUUGGUCCACUGAAAAAAACAAAAAACAACUGAAGACUUGAUCACAGUUGGAUUCUUUGCCCAAGUUUAACAAUUCAGUUCUCAAUGGCUGGAUACUGUGGCUUAACCUUUAAAUGGUAACGCGACAUUACAUGCUCCGCCCACCUAUUGGAAGCUUGAGGGCGACUUCAGUAACCAUGGCAAUGGUUGAGCAGUGACAGAAAAAAGUCCACCAUUAAAUAGGCCGAAUCUAACAAUCACAUGAGCAAUCAAAUGUUAUUUUUUUGUUAGCAUGUGCAGUAGGGUGGUGAAUGCCAUUUGACAGGUAUGAUAGAUGACUGGAUGGAUGGAUGGAGGAAUGGAUGGACGAACGGACGGAGGGAGGGAGAGACACCAGAGAGCUAACAUUUACUGCAGUAGUCGUCUUGAGAAUAAAAUCCUUCUCAACAUUUCACCCUCAGAGGGAAAUGGUACACUGUUUUUGUCACCCAGCCCUUUUAAUCAUGUUGUGUUAAUUUCUUUUUCUUUAGCUGCUCCAUUGUCAACUGAGAGCCUCAUUGCGUUACUUUUUUCCCCCUCACAGACAGGCCUGGGCCUCUGCAUGCUGAUGAGUUUUUAAUUGUAAGAGGAUUAAUUCAGUUGGGAUCCAAGUCAACAUGGUGUGAAUGUCUCCACCACAUAGUCAGCUGUACACUGACGCCAACAGAGUCAACACAAGUGUCUUCUACAUGGGACAGUUGGAAAGCCAACUCUCGCCUCCGUGUUUACUUCAUGUUUACCUGACAAUCUGACACCGGGGUUUCCUUCAAGGGAAAAUGUCCUAACGGCCCCGGUUACGGUUUUACAAGGUGUUCCUGAAUGCAACAGUUGCCUUGACAUCUGUACACAUGACUGCCGGAGCUGAUUAAAGAGGCAGCCGAUUUUUGAAGUCAUUAACCGGCGACAUGUUAAAGAUCUCAGAAGGUGCUGCUAACAUGGAGGAAGAACAGCCUGUUCAGUCCCAUAAACAAGAGCCAAAGAGAAAGACGAAGCAGAAACAACAAAGUCCGUUCAAAGUUCCAGACAGAAACGGCAUUUUACUACUGAAACAACGUGAAAAGGAGCAAAAAGAGGAGAUGCGGAAAUUCCUGGCUCUGCCCAUCGACAAGAAGACGUUCCACGCUGCACAGAUGACGUCCAAGCUGAGGAAGGAGCUGGCAGGAGAACUGGAGGAGGAGGGAAAAGAAAAGACAAAAGAAAAGAGUCUAAAACAAAACGAGGGAAAAACAACUCCUCCUAAACAACAAUCAGCGAGACAUAAGUUGAAAAUGGCCAUGAUGAAAAGAGAGAAUGUUACAAGAGACAGCAAACAUGACUUAAUUUCAAUGGAGCGGCUUAAGGCAGUCUUAGAGUUAUCACUCAUGACGAAGAGGUGUGAAAUUGAGAAGAUGGACCAGACCAUUUCAAAGCAGGAAAAAGAACUCAAACAACUCGAAACGAUGAUUGAGAAAGACAACCUGAGCUUUGAAGAGUUCCUCAGAGAAAAUGAGAAGAAGUCCGUGGAGGCUCGGACAUUUUUUGAACAGGAGGCCAAGUCUAAACAAGAGAAGAACGCUGAGAUCAAGAAGUUGACUGCCGAAAUAGGGACCAUCAAAAGUGACCUUAUCAAGUUUGAAGAAACCCUGGUUGAUUACAGGAGAUACAAGGAGCUUCUGUUUAAGCUGGCACCACCUGAGUGGCAGGAGGCACAGAAGGUGAAGAAAAGGGCAAAUAAAGAUUUGUCCGACAAAGAUUCAGCAACGAUGAAGGAGUCCAGUUCAGAUGGAGGAGAACCGUUGUCUGUCAGAGAGAACCCACUGUCCACAGUCUACAGUGAAACCCGGAUAACAGGCUGUGAACAGGACGAUGACAGCUCAGAGUACGAGGACGAGCCGGAACUUUAUUUUACUGAUCCUCAACAGCUUCUAGAUCUGGUGAACGAGUUGACAGAGCAGAACCUGUCACUCAUUCAGAACUCCACGAGGUUGGAGGAGAUGGUGGACGAACUCCAACAAUCCAUUCAUACGGCUGAGAAGAAAAUCGAACAGGAUGAAGAGCAGCUAACACGACAAAUAACUGACAUCAACCAAAAAAUCCUUCAAGAGAAAGCGAGAGGCAACAGGCUCAAACAGAAGGUGCAGCUGCACGUGUCGCUGAACACUGAAGACCAGGACAUGAUGCUGGACAGUCUUGGCGAAAAGGUGUCAGCGGUUCAUCGCACCUGCGUGAACGACAGAAUGACCAACCUCAGCACUUUGGAGAAGCUGGCCAGUAUCGAGAACCACCUGUCUCUGCUGCUGCAGAGCCUGGAGAACAUCCCCGAAGAAAACCUGGUGAUGAUGAAGAAAAUCAAGGACAGCGAGAGGAGAGCAAGGGAGCGUGAAGAAAAGCUGAGGCAGCAGCGAGAGAAGCAGAAAGAAAGGAUGAGAAGGUAUUUGGAGCGAUCCCUGGCAGACUCCAAGAGAGCAAGUGGGAGGAAGCUCAUGCCCAGAUACAUGCCUGUUGUUCAGAAAGUGAAAGUCACGAGUGUGGAGAACAUCCAUGCAGAGGACGAACUGCAUGCUUACCUCUUUACUUCUGAUGACAUGGAGUAAAAUGUCUCUGUGUAGUCUAGCUAGCUGUUACCUGUCACAAUGAAAACAUUUGUUAGAUUUUGCCUAACUUCCCUUUGAUUCAGAAAUAUUACAACCUUUGUAUGUGAAAAAGUAGAACUUCACAUGUUUAAAAUAUAAAAGUAAAUAUAACAUAAUUUUAUUCCAAUGAGGUUCAUAUAGUGAAGGAUUCCUGCAUAAUUAUUUUUUCACUAUGACUUUGUCUGUAGUAUAUUUCUUUAAGAGGCUGCCUUACUGUCUAAAAAUACCCAUAAUUGUUCAGUUAAUCUAAUGUUUUAUUUGCAUGUUUUUGAUUUUGUAAAGCAAAGACGCCCCCCAGAGGUGGCCCGGAACGGCCACGGUCACCCUUAGAAAAUCGCUGUCCCUCUCAGUAUACCCUCAGUAUUGU